CGUGUAAAACCCCGCCCCGGCCCGUAAACCCCGCCCUCCCCGCAAGGCCCCGCCCCGUCCGCCGGGCCAUGGUGGCGCUGAAGGGUGUCCCCGCGCUGCUGUCCCCCGAGCUGCUCUACGCGCUGGCGCGCAUGGGGCACGGGGACGAGAUCGUUCUUGCGGACUUGAACUUCCCGGCCUCCUCCAUCUGCCAGUGUGGGCCCCUGGAGAUCCGUGCAGAUGGUCUGGGCAUCCCGCCGCUCCUGGAGGCCCUGCUGAAGCUGCUCCCCCUGGACACCUAUGUGGAGAGUCCGGCUGCAGUCAUGGACCUGGUGCCCAGUGACAAGGAGAGGGGCCUGCAGACCCCAGUGUGGACGGAGUACGAGUCCAUUCUACACAGGGCCGGCUGCACGAGAGCCCUGGCAAAGUUAGAGAGGUUCGAGUUUUAUGAGCGAGCUAAGAAGGCUUUUGCUGUUGUGGCAACGGGGGAGACGGCCCUCUACGGAAACCUCAUCCUCAAGAAGGGGGUGCUUGCCCUCAGCCCCCUGCUGUAGGCCUGGUGAAGACCACCUGGGCCAGAAGAGGAAUUGGGGGCACCCUGAGCUCCGGUACCACCACUCACAACAGGCCUCCCAGCGGCAGCCCCAGACCUGGGCCCUGGCCAGGGCUCUAGGGGGCCGGCAGUCAUGGGGUGGGCCCUGCCAAUUGGUACGAACGUCCCUGAUUUGUGAAAAUCAUGGAAAAACGUAGUCGCCGGUAAACGUUCAGUCUAAAGGUUUUAAUUCUGUUGUCA